CUGAAUAGUACGUAUUCAAUAAGACAAGAUAAUAAACUACGACUUAAUAUUUAUAUGAAAAUUUAUUACGAUUCGUUGUUAUCUUCAAAUUUUUAAUAACUAAAAUAGCUAGCAUUUCUGCAUCGGGACGUUAAUCACAUCCAAGACAUUGCUGAUUUUUUAGAUUUUUUUUUGUUUACAAAAUGUCAGUUGUCUUGUCUGCCAUGCGCUAGUGAAAGAAAUGUAAGAAAAAAAUAUAAAAAGCCAAUUUGAAAUUUCAUUUGUUCUGUUUAAUAGAAAAUCAGCGAAAAACGUGCAAGAGAACGGUGUUAACAUCAGACAAUGUCCAAUCCUAAUUCUGAAAAAGUUAAAGAAUUCUAUACCAAUGAUGUAGUUUUUAGGUUUGAUAAGCACAAGAAAAUAAUUUUUGGAGUUGUUGUAGAUAGUUAUGAAGCCUCAUCAGACGUGGAUGAAUAUCAUUCCUUGCAAAAAGGGCAAAUUAGAGUAUUGUGGAAUAAUAAUUCUAGGGAACAGGUUUGGAGACAAAGUAAGGUUCGAUUAAUAAAUAGGAGCAUUAUACCUGGUGAUAUAGUUAGAAGAUUAGAAAAAGGCAAAGAGACCCAAAGGGGUUACUGUAAAGAAGCCAAGCAAAUUGCCACUGUACAAAUUGUUGGCACAGAUAUUGUAAUUGAACAUGUUUCGAGUGAAAGAUUGCACAGUGUCAGACCUUUCGAUGUCGAUGAUGCCGUCUGUUUGGGCAGCAAAUUCGGAAGAAUCGAGACUGUUGAGCAAAUGGUAACCAUGCAGUCAAAAUGUGGUUCUGUGGUCGAUGUUUUAACAAGUAUUAAUCACGAUUUAGACGAUUAUUGGUUAUCGAAGAGGAACAGAAUCUCAUUCGAUGCUUACUAUCCCGGACAGGAACUGAUUUGCGUUCCAAGUACCUUUGAACAACCCCACUGGGUAAAGAAAUCAAAAACGAUGAAGAGAAACAUACAAACUCGCCAAAGAUUCACCGUACAAGAAGUUGAAGAUGUAUUAAUAGAAAUUGCGUGGUACAACAACACUUCAGGAUACUCUCAUGUGUCUGAAAUAUGCCAAAACGACAUCAAAAAGUUGAAAGUUCUAGAACACCCGAGCGAUACAUUUCUGGAAUUGGCAGAUCGUAGGUUAUUGAAAUUAUCUACGGGCGAUGUACUUCUUAAGAAGAAAGAUUGGACCAAAAAAUUAUCUCUAAUGUAUAGGCCAGAAAUACCAAAAGUUAGGCAUAUUGUUACUUGCAACACAAAGAUGUCUAGAAUAAGUAAAAUUAGGCCAUCUUCGUUGGUCUACUCGCCCAACGAGGAAGUAACAGUCAACACCGACGAGGAAGAAUGGUGGACGGAAGAAUCCGAUGAAUCUGAAGAGGAUGGUACCACAUCGCAAAUUAGUUAUUCUACGAAAACUAAAAUUCGGCAUUAUCCUCCUAAACCCAGAGACUUGGUACCCGGCAAUACGCUAGCCGUCGAGGUAAUUUGCGUCGAAUCAAAAGUGAACGUAGUAUGGCAAGAUGGCACCGAAGAGAAAGAUAUACCAUCCACGCAAUUGUAUUAUUCAAUAUCUCUAGACGAUCACGAGUUCUUUCCUGGCGAGUGGGUUAUUAACGAUAACAAUCCAGGCAACGGUAAUUACGGUGUCGUUCAAAGCGUCAAUUAUUUAGAAAGAACCGCCAGCGUCAAAUGGUUCACUCACCUCGAAAACGUGGAACAACCGGCAGAAUUAGCAAUAAACGAAAUGAGUGUUUACGAUUUGAAGAAACAUUCGAAAUUUGUGUUCCGUCCUCGUAGUAUAGUUAAGUCGAAACCUGCUCAAGAAGAUAAAAUGGGAAAAGUUAUUGAUAGUUGUAUAGAAGGUUACGUGAAAGUCCAAUGGUUGGACGGCACAGAAGAGAACUGUUGGCCGCAGGACAUCGAAUUGAUACCCGAAACGACGGAUUACGAUUUCUCCGAUGACGAGUCAUCGGACGACGACGGAGCCUGCGUGUCAUGGGAAACGGAAAGCAUCGAAUCGUACGCGGGCGAUCUAACCGACGAGACCGUUUUGCAAAACUUAGCGGCCCGAUUGGAUUUCGUUCGCAACAGGAUAAUAUACCUGAAAGACGCCUUCAAACAGAACACCAUCAUGGAAACAUUUGUGUUUGUCAAGGAUCUCUUGUUGAUCUACGAAAACUCGAGUUACUUGGACAAACUCUUGGGCACGUCGUUCUUCAGCCUCAAGAGCAGGCACUUUCAAGUGUUGCUGCUGCAAGCGAAGGAAAAGGCCAAGUCGCUGGGCGUCGAAUUGCGAGGUAGGCUGUUUUCCAGCGACAAUUUCAGUCCGUCCAUAUCCAAAAUCAAGGUCGCCGAAAAAGAGAACAUCAACAAAAUGAUCAAAUUGGAGAACAAAAUCAACGCGCAAAUCGAGAAGAAAGAUAGCAAAGAACCGACUGCACCGACGACUCCAUCGGCGGCGGAGAGCGCGGAUGUCCCGUGCCCGGACAAUCUUUGCGUGGAGCUGUUGUCGAUGUUGAAGGUUCGCAUGGAUUUGGCGUACGCGGAGAUAAUCAGUCGCAUCGGCGGUUGUCAGGCGUUCACCGUGCUGACCAAAGCGUCGGAGAACGUGCAGACGCCGUGCAGUUCGACGCCGGCGCCGAGCGUCCCGACGACGCCGGACGAUUCGUUUUCGUCUCUCAGCCCGUUGAAAUCGAAGUUGAUCGGCAAAAGUUCGGGGGAGAACGAGCCGUACGUGUUGCUCGACGACGUGCCGGCCACUCAUCAUUAUUACUCGAGCAAAUUCGAACCAACGGAUCUGCAAAGAUUUGCUAAAGCGGUUCAGAAGGAAUAUAAGCUUCUCAAGGACUCGUUACCGCCGGGCGUGUGGGUCAGAUCGUACGGGAAUCGAAUAGAUCUGCUCUCUGUUAUGAUAAAAGGGCCGGCGAAAACGCCCUACGAAGACGGCCUGUUUCUCUUCGACAUUCAGCUCAGUAACGAUUAUCCCAGGUCUCCGCCUCUAGUACACUACAUAAGCUACAGCUCGGAACGAUUGAAUCCUAAUUUAUACGUAGAGGGUAAAGUUUGCGUAUCGUUGCUGGGUACUUGGAUGGGUAGAGGCACGGAAGUAUGGGGCCCCAACAGUACACUUUUGCAACUGAUAGUCUCCAUACAAGGAUUAAUAUUGGUAUCGGAACCUUAUUAUAACGAAGCUGGGUACGAGAAGCAAACGGACACCCAACAAGGUUACGAAAAUUCGAGGACGUACAACGAAUUGGUGAUACUCAAGCUCAUCCAAUCGAUGAAGGAGAUGUUGCAUUCGCCGCCGGAGACGUUCAAGCAGGAAAUUUACUCGCAUUUCGCGGAGAACGGGCACAAAUUGUGCGAGAGAUUGCGCGGCUAUUGCCAGGAAUCCGAGCAGUCGAAGCCGGAAUUUCCGCUGUUGCCCGUUAGUAAAGGACUGAAAUUAUCUCUGACUACAUCGUUGUCGGCAUUCGAAGAUGUACUGAAUAAAAUUGGUGAUAAGAGCGAAGUUGCAAAUCAAGAAGUGGAGAGUGUGGUCCAAAAGCUGGAAAUCGGAGAUCAAGCAUGAUACUCGUAGUUUUUAUAAUCUCAUUUUAUGGUUGCCCUGAACCAGUGUGAAAUUGUGCGUUAAUUUCAAAAAAAUCGAAAAAAUCGAGGGCUCGACCGGAAAACGAGAGAAAAUACGCCCGAAGAAUAGAAAAUUAUCGUUAAUUUAAUUGAAAUCGUUUAACAUUUAAGUUGUAUUUUUUUAAAAGCACUGGUAAGAGGAACUUGUACAAGUUUGUGAAUAUUGUUUUUAAUUUUCUUUAAAAGAGCGGCUUUACUUUUGAGUGAUGCUGAGCGUCAACAAUCACUGUACGAAAGAAAACAAUAUUUUACUAGAAAAUUAAAAAAUAAAUAAUACAUGUAAAUAUAUUUUCGUUUACACGCAAUCGAUAUGUUACCAUUUACAACGUUGAUGUAAAAAAUCAAUAAAUAAUAAUUUCGAAAAAUGUACGUUUGUUGAGAAAUUAUUUGAAAAAUUUUCUCGCCAAAUAUUCGACACGUUUCAAAUUUGUAAGCCUAAAUAAAAUAUGCAAUAGAUUUUUCUUUCGAUAAAAUUACAAAAUUCCAAUGUUCUAACCGAACUUACGUAUGUAUGUUUGGGAAGAAAAUUUAAUCUAAU